AGACAAGCGCUACCUACUUUUACUCUACCUGGCUACCUAUUUUUAGAUUCAGAGUGCGCGAGGAGCGGUGUAAGGCUUCUUAUUCAGGUUUUUUAUGAGAACUUUUUAUGCUCAAAUUUUCCUAAAAAUACACAAGAAGAAUGUAGCUAGCUCUGAUUAACGAUGCUGUUCUGCCCAAUCUUAGGACACUGCCCAAUCUUUGGACAUAAAAAUGCCCAGUAGUCUUAAGACUGGGCAAGGCGUCACAAGAUUAAGCAGGAGACCAUGUUAGGCCCAUUUUUAGACUAGACGCCUUUUAAAUUUUAAGAAGGGAUGUGCCACACAAGCUCUGUUGUUUGCAAGACCCAACAACCAUUCUCAGGCACAUGAAAACAUCAUAUUUGGGAUAUAUGAUAAACAUGAAACGAAAAACAAGAAACUGUUGAAUUGACCAGGCUAGUUUUUGGGCAUAGUAAAAAUUGUAGUUAGUUAGCUAGCUACACGUUUUUUUUAUAAGCAACUGGUUGCUAAAAAACUGAGGCUGAAAUAUGGUCAAAAAUUAGGCAACUGCUAAGCAACUGCCUAGGCUGGGUUUUGGCAGAGUGGUAAAGCAACUUAGGCUGAAUUCUACUACACACUUAGGAACCACUUAGAUCAGUCUUCCACAAGAAGAAUCUGUACAAAAGAUUCCGAAAACAUCAUUGGUUACUGGCCAUAACCCUCCUCUGUCCUUGAUAUAUACUAAAUCAGAAAAGGCCUUAGCAACCACAGGCUGCACCCAAAAAUGCAGUUGCUUAUAAAAAAAAACGUGUGUAUAGCUAGCACAUAUUAUACAUUUGACAUUAUACAGCUCGUAGUGACCAAUUUUUUUAAAAAAAGGUUUAUAUAUAAAGAAUCAGAUAAAUCGUUAACUGUUAACUUCAUUUUGAAUAAGAAGUUUAGCUAGCUAGCUAUAGUCAGCCAUAUAUGGUUGAAUAGCUUUAAUUUUUUUAAACACAUUUAUAUAAACGGUAUCAUUUUUUCGCCUUUUGAUUUGCCAAGAAAAGUUUCAAUUUAAAGUUCCUUUUAAGAGGUACAGUCUAAAAUUGUCACUGUUCUCUGUGUUUUCCACAAUUUUUCUAAGAUUGGACAUGUAUGUCUAUAGAUUGGGCAGUCCAUUCCAGACCCAUUUGUCACCGUCAUUGACCUGGCCAGUCUUGAGACGGGGCACGUUCCAAGAUUGGGCAGAACAUGCCAACAUGUGACAGAAUAGACUGAUAAUAACUUGCUUUACCUAGUGUCUCUAUCUUUUUGCCUGCCAUGCAGAUGUCAGAACCUAAAGAGCUUACUGUUGAAAAUGUAAACGAAAGAAUUAUCUGGUCACACCUAUUAUCAACAUUUUUGCGCUGUAGAUUUGUGGUUUAACUGUUGCACAUGUGUGGGAGAUCAUGGGUUCGAUUCCCCUUGGCAGCGACUCAAUAUUGGCGAGUGAAUGUUAAUAUAGCACUGGGUUAACUAAACCCAUUGAGGGAUUAGAGGAGAUGGCACACUGUGUUGGCCAUUGGAUGUUGCAGGAAGCUGUCUGGUAUAUAUGUGGUGUAAACCUUAAUUAGGACUGUGUAACUCAAAAUUAGCACUAAAUACUCUAGGACUUCCCAUCUAAACCAUGGCUCCUGGAAUUAACAUACAGGGUAUAUAAUUAUCCCCUGAUAUUUGUGAGCACCAUUAUUAGUUUGCUUCCAACAGGACUAGAUUUUAAAUUAAAUAUUAUAAUAUACUCUUAUAUUUUGUCUCCAUAAUUUUGACAUUAUAUAUGGUUGUUUAAUGCCUGACUGAUAAGAAAAACGGUUACAAUGAAAAGUCCAAUGAUCCUUUUAUAGUUCAUUCAGGGCUUUGUGUGGAGCCAUACUAACCAGUUUGAAAAGCCAUUAUUAAAUUUUAUCAUAAAAACAAAGACAGAUAAAAAACAGAUUUCCAUAGCACAAAAGGAAAUAUAAAAGUUGCUUACCUAAAAUCAUCCUUUUGUUUCUCUUUCUAUAUAUAUACGUGCAUUACAAAUUAUUUAAAGUUUCAAAUCAAACAAUCUUGAACUCUGAAAGUAUCAAAAUUGAACAAUAAGUGUAGUUUCUUCCUUGUGGACUUGAAGAUGACAAAAUAAUAGCUUUAAUUUUGCAUUUUUUGUAUGUUUGUAUGUUUUUCAGGUGAGAUGCAGUGAGGUAGUAGCCCGGAUACUGACCAAACAUUCCCAUGGAAUACUGGCCUGCAUACUUGUUCUGUACUAUUUUGACAUUAAGCUUUGUAUUUCAUAGAAAUACAAAAUCAAAACCAGUUAGUAUCUGUUUAUUAUAAACUGAUAGCUUUUUUUAUCGGUUUAUCCAGGAAAUCAACAGCACUGAUUGGCUAAAAAGCUUAAAUGACAGGCUUUAUAUAGCACUGUAUAACUCUUAACCUUAUAGCAAACAUAAUAGUAGCUAUAAAUGUAAACAAAUAACAUUGCAGGAAAAAUAAAUAGCUUAUAUUGUAUUAGUAUAGCUGUAUACUUUUCAUAAAUAGUUUUAGUCAUAAUAAUGAGAAGUUACAUUCCCAAAAAUGUUUUUCACACAAUUGAAGACAAUAAUCCAUCACAGCUACUAUUAUGUGGAAUUGAUAUGUCAUUUCUUCCAAGAGGUGGACAAUUUAUAGUUUGCAUUGGAGGUGUAUUUCUAUUUUAUUUAUUAUAUGGUUAUUACCAGGAAUUGAUUUUUAGUAUCCCUGGCUUCAAGCUCCAUGGAUGGUAUUUGACAUUAGUGCAGUUUGCCUUCUACACUAUAUUUGCAGCUAUGGAAGCAAUAUUUGUUUUGAAGGAUAUUACUAAAAGAAUGCCAAUAAAGGUGUAUUUCUUGAUUGCAUUUCUAACAGUUGGUACAAUGGGGAUGUCUAACUCUUCAUUGCGUUAUCUAAACUACCCAACUCAAGUUAUUUUCAAAUGUUGCAAAUUAAUACCUGUUAUGCUAGGUGGCAUAUUUAUUCAAGAUAAACACUAUGGUUUUAUUGACUUUAUAUCAUGUCUACUUAUGAGCAUAGGUUUAACAUUCUUUAUUUUGGCUGGUUCAACAAUUCAACCAAACUUCAAUUACAUAGGUAUCAUAAUGAUGAGUCUAGCCUUGUGUUCAGAUGCAGCAAUUGGGAAUGUACAAGAGAAGUCAAUGAAAUUAUUUAAAGCCUCCAACGUAGAAGUAGUAUUGUAUUCGUAUGGUAUUGGGUUUGUGUACCUGCUCUUUGCAUUGCUGAUAUCAGGCAGUUUAAUUCCUGGAUUUCAGUAUUAUGCUGACGUAAGAAAAAAAAAUCCUAUACAAAGCUAUGGUUAUACAUUUAUUUUUUCAUUAACUGGGUAUCUUGGUAUCACUUUUGUACUGACUUUGGUUCGAGCCUUCGGUGCACUCUUAGCCGUGACAGUGACAACAUGCAGGAAAGCUGUUACUAUAAUUUUAUCGUUUGUGCUGUUUACGAAGCCGUUUGUUUUUCAAUACGUCUGGUCUGGCAUGAUUGUUUUGUGUGGUAUUGCGUUGAAUAUAUACCAAAAAAAUAAGACAUACAUCGAUCAAUGGUUUAUACGCUUCCUCCAUCACAUACAUUUCUUCGUAAUAUCAACUAAAAAAUCUCCACGAACGACGCAGGAAGUUUAAAAGAAAUACAAGCAUAUAAUCGAACCCUCAGCAAGGAACAGAUAAAUUAAAAGAUAUUUCCUUGAGAUAAUUCUGAAACAUGUAAUUCUGCUGUCAAAUCCAUUACCAUUGUCACUUUUAAGGUUAUCGGGUGUUUCCUAACCGAAAAUCGUUCAACAUGAUAUGCAGAAAUAGCAGAGUGGUAACUUCCAAUGGUGACAGAUGAAUAACAUAAAAGUAAAAA